GCGCUUGAUAAUAUUACAGUGACUGUAUUGAGGAAUUUAGAUACAGCAGAUCAUGCAGUCACACCGGCCAUAUGUCACUCUCCGAGUCUGGGUCACAAUAACACCUUUGGCUCUUUCUGAGGCGAAUUGUUUUGUUAUUGCUCCAAAUGAAGCACUCGUUUCUUACGAAUAACCGAUCAAAAGGUAUUUUAAACACUGUAUGGGCUCGCGGAUGGUCUGUUUCCUGUCAUGUAUUGAUCGAAAUGCUCAGUAACUAUAGUAUAUAUUCUCGAGCGACCGUAAGUGCGAGUUAUUCAGCACAAGCUGGCAGUAGUACAGAAAGUACAGCCUGUACACAUCGUAUUCAGUUUCAGUAUGUGUAUAUGUGGGCCUCGGUGUGAGAUAGACGCUUAAAUCGUCUAUAAUGCUGAAUAAAUGUGCAGUUUUAUGGCGGGCCGAUUGAAUCCUGACCAUUAUAAUAUGUUUACAGUCAGGCUUUAGCGAACGCCUCUUCCGUGCCAUUACAAGGUCAGACCGAUUCACGACACAGCUCGUCUACAUUUUACUAUCGAGAUCUUCUAACCUUCUUGACGUGGACAACUUGGACAUUAAAUGCUUUUAAAAGAAAAAUACAGUGCUCGGUUGCAGCCCCAUUUAAUCCUUUCCCAUAAUGCACCGUGUCAAUGCACAGUUGUGUUUCCUGUUUACCGUUGUAACGCUUUUGUUUGCCUGGUUUUCCUUUUUUGACGCGGGUUAAAGUGCAUUGUUCUGCAUGUCUUUAAUCACGAUUGAUCAGAGAAGGAUUUGCUGAGGUGUAAAUUAAGCCUGGAAUAGGCACUGCUCCCCAGUGAGAAAGCAACAGAAGGGCUGUGAAGAUCAGCCCUAAUGGAAGAGAUCGAAACAGAGCUGACCUGCUCCGAGCAGGACGCUUUAGGAGCAGACUUCAUCACGGUGGAGCUGGACACCCAGCCCAUCGAAUAUGUGGUCAAGUGGGCCGAGGUGGGCUCAAAAUUCACUUUAGCCUGUGUGAAAAAGGAUUUGGACGAGGCUACUUGCUUCACCUCCGAUCAGAUAGUGAAAGUGGAACCGGACGAGACGUUCUUUGUCCCUUAUGAAGCCGUGUACCCAGAAUGUGAGGAAAUAGAUCCGAAUUUGAUCCCGACGCACGAGGAGGAGGUGGGAAGUGAAUCAGACUCCGACGACAACACCGAACCGGGGAAUAGCCAGCUGUGCGAAGACGAGGAUGUUUCCGAUAUUUCCUGGGAGAAAGAGGUGUCUCAUACCAGAACCUAUAAGUGCCACUUCUGCGGCAAGAUCUACAGCCAUUCCUCAAGUCUUGCUCGCCAUCUGCAUGUGCACUCGGAUAGAUCAUCCCUCCCUUCCUCGAAAGGUUUCAGCAAGUUAGGCGACAACAAAAAGUCUCUGCUGUGCAAUCUGUGCGGGGUGAGGUGCAACGGCAAGCGGCUUCUGGCGAUACACAAGAAAUGCCACAAAACCAAGAGACUGCACACGUGCAACACCUGCGGCAAAACCUUCAAUCACAGCUCUAGCCUGUCGCGGCAUCGGUUAAUCCACAAAAAAGGCUUGGAUAAAAACGCUAGGCCGUUGUACCCGGCUCCAACCCCUGCGCCCAUCAUGACCCAGCACAGUUUCCACGGCACGAAUAAAAGAACGCCGGUCCCCUCGGGCGAGCGCGAGAAGCAGUACCAGUGCGCGCAGUGCGACAGGGUCUUCAGCCACUCCGCCGGCCUCUCCAAGCACCAGGUGGCUCACGUGCGACAGCUGCUCAACUCGUACACGCACGGCAAAGACGCGCUCGACAAGUCCUCGGACCUAAAAUCCGCCUGAAGCUGUGCUCCCGCGACAAGCCCAACUACUACACCCUGUGCAAGAAGAACAAGCACAACAAAGGGGGCAAGAAGAGGCUGUGCUUGCCGAACGAGGAGCGGCCGUACCCCUGCCGCAUGUGCGAGAAGCGCUUCAGCCACACCACCAGCCUGUCUCGGCAUGAGCACACGCAUGCCAGCGACAAGUGCUACCCCUGCAACAUCUGCAAGAAGACCUUCGUACGGCUCUCCAACCUCAAGCAGCACCAGCAAACGCACGCUUCGGGCAAGCUCUACGAGUGCCCACAGUGCGGGAAGACUUUCGUUCACUCCUCCAGCUUCUCGCGCCAUAAGAAGGUCCACGCGGCAAUGAGGCUCUCACCGAAACUGGAUGACAUUAAGUGCGAAGAGGAACUGGUCAUCGAUGAGGUGGCCCCGCUGGAAUACGAGUCCGAGUGAGAAGGACCGAGAUUCUGGAACUGUCCUGGCACAGUCGACACGGAUGUUCUGGAACUGUGAUUGGGAAAAGUGUUGUUGUGUUCUUGCCAACGCUAUCUCACGACCAAUUCGUACGUAUUUUACGAGGUGUAAAACCCAGUGAAGGGUAUGUUUAGGGGUGGGGUUAGGGGAAGGUUAUUCGUGCAAAUUCAUACAAAUUUGGCAACUCGUAAAAUACAUACGAUUCAACAAAAAACAUACGAAUUCAUAUGACCUCACUUGUACGAAUUCAUACGACCCAGUGAGAUACGAGCGAGGUAGCCUACAUUUUUUUGCUAAAUCGUAUGAAUUCAUAUGAAUUUGCCACCUCGUAAAAUACGUACGAUUUAGCAAAAGUGAUAUGAAUUCGUACGAAUUUAUAAGAUUUGUCUAAACCCCAGCGACGGGUAGGUUUAGGGACGGGGUUAGGGGUAGGUCAUUCGUACGAAUUCAUGCAAAUUUGACAACUCGUGAAAUAUGUACGAUUUAGCAAAAAACGUACGAGUGAGGUCAUACGAAUUCGUAUGAAUUAGCCACUUGUUAUAAUACAUACGAUUUAGCGCAAAACGUAUGAGUGAGGUCCUACGAAUUAGCCACCUCGUAAAAUAUGUACGAUUUAGCGUAGUGAGGUCGUACAAUUUUUUUUUGCUAAAUCGAAUGUAUUUUACGAGUUGCCAAAUUCGUAUGAAUUCGUAUGAAUGACCUACGAAUUAGCCACCUCAUAAAAUAUGUACGAAUUGCCGUGAGAUUGCGUUGGUUUUGCUGUUUUUUGUUUUUGUUUGUUUGUUUACCCCUCAUUCUUAUUUUAUGACAUCGUAAUUUGGCUGUGUGGCUUCUAUCUAAUAGUCUUGUAAUUAUUAUAGCCCUUUUCGGCCACAUUAUAGGGGAUAUAGUUGCAAUCUUUGUUAAUGAAAGAAAAGUUUUUCUUUUUGUUUUGCUUUGGUUGACAUUCCCUUUUGUUUUGUUCAUUCGGUUUACUGGGAAGGUAAUUCUUUGCAAGAGGCAAAUUGUGUAAUUCUCAUUUUUAGGUGUCCACAAGAAAAACAGAGAAAAGCAGAUGGCAUUGGCAAUGCAGGUGUUAUUUAUUUUCCGUGCUUGCACUAAUCCUGUGAACCCAAAAUAAAGUACUUGUUGAGGUGUGGGAUGGAGUAGAGGGGAGUGAGGGGUGAGUUUUGUAUGCAAGAAGUAAAUUUUAUAUGCAAUUUACUUGAACGUUGUUCUAUUAAGUGUGUGGUUUGAAUUAAUGAUGUCCCCUGUAAUUAUAUUUAUGCGACCUAAUUUCUUAGACCAACUAAUUGAAGGCUUUUCUCACUUGAAGUAUGGACACACAAGAGCAGGUUUUGCUGUUUGGUUUUAUGGGAUAUUAUAUAUAUAAAAAAAAAAAGUGUAUACCGUUUCAUUAAAAACUGCUGGAUGAGUGCAAAUGGAGAUGUUCUCCAAACUAACAAGUGUUUGGGGUGAUUUGAUUGGUUUGACUAGUUUCCUCAACAUGUUGUCUUUGGUACUUAUUUCCUCUUCGAUGUUAAUUUGUCAAAAUAUGAAAUCCAUUGUGUCCAUGGAGGGUGUUUGAUGCUUGUUGACAUGGACAUGUACAGAUGCACUUAAAAUACUGUUCAUAUAAAUUUGUGUGCGUGCACUUGAUAAAUAUGAGAAAAGAAUAUACUCGCAAAGUGUGUGCUUUUUACUUCUGCUGUAUAUGUGUAAAAAGUUGCAGUUGCAAAAAGAAGUUCUAUCUGAUUUAUUUUUCUGUAUCUUCAUAAGUUAUGGAAUAGCCAAGGGAUUUCAUAUUUUAACAAGCAUUGCACUAUUGUAUUUAUAGACAGAAGCACUACAUAUUUAGGAAAUUGGAACGCGACUUUGGAUCUCCUGGUCAAAACCUCAAAUGAACGAGGCACGGAAAUAUCUUCCACGCAUUUUUGAAAAAUUGAUCAAGUGCCCUCAGCUACAUUGUGUAAGACCAAAGCUCUUCGACGCGCCACUGAAGACGUGCGGUUCAGCUCAUCAAAGGUGUUCAAUCAGUCUCCUGUUCCAUGUUCAUACGCCUUCUGGACUUUCGCUCACCACUGAAAUUGAAUAGCAAUUACUAACCCAUUUAUGGAGUUUGAAAAAUGAGACUUUGAGAAGAGUUGAGACGCACGUAUGAAGCACAGAUGACACUGUUACACCCAGAAUGAUGUUAUCAAAAAAGAAAACGCUCUUGGUACUCUAUAGUUGUUGGUUGUUUUAAUAUAUUUCCUUGGUUCUAGUCAUUGUUUUUAAUUCUUUCCAAUAAUAUAAGGUUUAUCGCUCUCCUGUCCACACUCCUCAUGGUUUGAUUUAUGUUUGUCAUUUUCUUUGUUUUCAAUUGCUGUAGCUAUUUCAUCUCUUGAUGCAGCAGACCUACAUCUUAUAUAAAGAUGUAUGUUUUUGUAUUGUGUUUGCCAUUAGAUUACAGUUUAAGAGUUCAGUCUUGCAUUUUUUUGUAAUAAAUAAUUGGUUCAUGAA